UCAACAUCUUCCUCCGGAUUUCCUACUGAUCUACACUCGACUAUCUUGGUCAUUAAUUCAACCCUCUCUACUCGUCUCGAUUUCACCCAAGUCCUCCUCUCCUCUUCCUCCUCUUGACUUGCUCGUCCUAUUACUCUCACUCCUCUUGUCUCCCUCAUUUUUACCGUAUCGGUUUUCUUAUCCUAACUCCCGCCAAAACCCGCUCGCUUUGUUUACCUUCCUACCUAUACCGUCGCCCGCUUUUCGGUCGAUCCGGUCGUUCGCAACCAUCCUCAACAUAAAACUUGCCUCACCUCCUCCUCCGCAGCAACAGCCAUGCCUCUCUGCGGCGGUAACAAGGUUGUCCAGCGCAAGCUGGUCCUCCUCGGAGAUGGUGCCUGUGGCAAAACGAGUUUGUUGAACGUCUUUACCCGAGGAUUCUUUCCGACAGUAUACGAGCCCACCGUGUUCGAGAAUUAUGUCCACGACAUCUUUGUUGACGGGAUACACAUGGAACUGUCGUUAUGGGACACUGCGGGACAAGAAGAGUUCGAUCGGCUACGGUCCCUAUCAUACGACGACACGCAAGCGAUAAUGUUGUGUUUCAGUGUUGACAACCGUGGAUCCCUCGAGAACGUUGGCACGAAAUGGAUAGCCGAGAUCAACGAGCACUGUCCUGGCGUCAAGAUCGUACUGUGCGCCUUGAAGUGCGAUCUUCGAGAAGAGCACGAGAAGGACGAAGACGAACCCAACACUCCACCACGACCGAUGAUUCAGUAUAACGAAGGCCUGGAAGUCGCUCGGCGGAUCGGUGCGCUACGGUAUCUCGAAUGUUCAGCCAUGCGAAACCGUGGUGUGAACGAAGCCUUCACAGAGGCUGCUCGAGUAGCGCUGCAGGUCAAGCCCGCGAAAGCCGGAGACGAUUCGAAAUGCUCUGUCAUGUGAGAACGUCCCGGCAGAUCCGUGCUGUUCACCUUUUGCCCUUAACGUCCUGGAACUGUUCCCGUCAGUUCCGGUCUGAUUCAUCGACUCACCACCUUAUAUCACGACUUUCCUGCUGUACAUACCCCUCCGACGUUGCUUCUUCGUUCUCCUCAGUGUUCUGGACGCCUCCUCUUUUUAGCGUUGAUUUUCUGGGAUAGUCUGUUGGUUUCUUUUUUGGGAAAAGCAGGAGACAGGCAUCGGCCGCUGCAUUUUGACUUGAAUCUUUGAGUCUGGCUAGUUAUGUGGUGGGAGCUUCAUUAAUGAUAUACGAGCUGCGAAUAAAAUGCCUUUGAGGAUCGCUUUUUAAUUGGAA